AUGAAUCAGCCUAGCAGAAAAAUUCAACUGUGCGCAGAUUCGGGUAACCGCAGAGGAUUCUAUGCGGUUGUGAAAGCUGCGUAUAGACCCAUACACCACGCUCAAAAUUCUCCAACCAGCGCAGAUGGCCAAACGCUUCUCACUGACAAAACCGCCAGCCUCUUGAAUCAGUCUGGUCCGAAGAUUUCCAAACUCUUUUCAAUGCCAACCGUAACAACGGGAGAAAUAUUGAAGAUUCGAAAAUUAGAGAGGAAAUCAGUCCGGAUUGUAUUGAGUAGCGUUGAGUUGCGACGUGGAGAAAAAUUUUCAUCAUUAACCUUGUUAGAGAUUCUUAGGAUAGUCUUAAAGUAA